AAAUUGUAUUUGGGUUUAAACUAUGGCAAAUGUAGGGAGCGUCCGGGUGAGCAACACCAAUUUUGAUAUUGGGAAAAAUAAAAAUGGAAAUAGAAAUGGAAAUCUACGAGCAAGAGGUCACACACCAAAUUGACAACAUGAGUAAUUACAUGAGUUAUGAUAGAUACAACCAGCCAACCAAGUUGGAUCAAAAUGCAAACACCAAUAUAGAUCAAGACCUUGCCAAUUCACGAAGCACCAAAUACCAAGAAAGACAAUUGGAAGUUAAACAAUACUUGUAUGAUGUAAUUACACCUCAUUACCCCCAAUUGUUCACCAAGAAGUUCAGUACAGACAACACCACUUCAUUCAUAAAAACCGUUGAUUUGAUGGAUAUGUUAAAAGACGGAGAAGUGUUGUGUAAACUAGGUUCAUUAUUGAGUGACGUACCUGGUAACCCUACGGUCAAAUUCAAGAAUUCACAAAUGGCAUUCAUUCAAAUGGAAAAUAUCUCGUUCUUUUUGAAAUUAUGCGAAUUGAUAAAUUUACAACAUGAUGAAAUAUUUCAGACUGUUGAUUUGUAUGAAAAGAAGGAUCCUUAUCAAGUUAUUGUUACGCUUAUGUCGUUCUCUCGAUUGGCUCAUGAUAUAGAUAGUAUUAAGUUUCCAAGAGUAAUUGGGCCAAAGAUUGUCAAGGUUAAACCCCUGGUACCUAAUAAGCCAUUCAAGUUGAGAGCAUAGUUAGAACUUCUACAUGAUUAUAUAGUGACAGUCAGACAGUCAGACAGUCAGACAGACAGACAGACAGACAGACAGGCAGACAAACACACACGAAAACAGCAUAGCCUUAUAUACAGGAACAUUUAAAACGUCUUAAUUUUUAUUGUGCCAAUUUCUUUUGUGCAGACAGAGAGAUGAGGAAUAAAAAAAAAUUUAUGUAAAUCAAAACCUACUCUUAGUACACGGUGAUUCGUAAAUUAGGUACCCUCCAUACAAGAGAUAUAUCGGUAUACAAGUCUCCUAGGACUGCAUAACAUAGCACAUACUCAAUAGUUUAAGCUAGCACACAUUUUCACAUCCUACAUAACAUAAUAGAACACAGUUGCAUUCAUAUAAGUAUAUAAUUUUUCACGAUGUCUGACGAAGUUAUUUGGCAAGUUAUCAACCAGCAAUUCUGUGCUUUCAAAUUAAAGACCGACAAGGGUCAAAAUUUCUGCCGAAAUGAAUAUAACGUAAGCGGGUUAUGUUCAAGACAAUCAUGUCCUCUUGCCAAUGCAAGAUAUGCCACCGUCAAGAACAUAGGCGGGAAGCUAUAUCUUUAUAUGAAGACUGCCGAACGUGCACACAUGCCUAAUAGAUGGUGGGAGAGAAUUAGAUUGUCCAAAAACUAUAACAAGGCGUUGAGUCAAAUAGAUGAGCAUUUACAAUAUUGGCAAAAGUUCUUGAUUCAUAAAUGUAAACAAAGAUUGACUAGAUUGACUCAAGUUGCUAUCACCGAAAGAAGGUUGGCUUUACAGGACGAAGAAAGACAUUAUGUCGGUGUUAAGCACAAGGUUAAGCGAAGAGAAGAAAACAGAGAAAGAAAGGCUUUGGCCGCCGCUAAGAUUGAAAAGGCCAUUGAAAAGGAAUUGUUAGAUAGAUUAAAGUCUGGUGCUUAUGGUGAUAAGCCUUUGAAUGUCGACGAAAACAUCUGGAAGAAAGUCUUGGGUAAGGUUGACGAAGUUGACCAAGAAGAUGAGUUUGACGAAGAAGAUGAUUUCGAAUUGGAAUCUGGAGAAGAAGAUGAAAGUGACUAUGGGGAAGUUGAAUAUGUUGAAGAUGAUGGAGAUGAUGAGUUAGUUGACGUUGAAGAUUUAGAAAGAUGGUUGGAACAAUCUUCUGAUGAAUCCGAAGAAGAAUCUGAUGACGAAUCAGACGAAGAAGAAUCUAAGAAACGUAAGGCUACUUCUGAUAACAAUAAAAAGAAGAGAAGACCAAGGGUUGAAAUUGAAUAUGAAGAAGAACCUAUCCAAACUAACAUUGUUGCUUGAGUUCUUUUUCAAACGGUAUUUCUGGGAUUAUAGAUUCAUGUAUAGUAAAAUAUAGCAAUAGCUUUAAUUUAGUAAUCUUAAUAGUUCGACAUUCGUAGGCAAUUUCUCACAGACUGUAUCAGGCCAGUGGCUUAAAAUUUAUUUCACAUUGUAAUGGUUGCCUCUGGAGGUAUGAAUUAGUUGAACUAUCUCUAUAUAUAUAUUCCGGUAAAAAAUGUAGAACCACCAGGGUUUAACUAGAUGAUUUAACGAAAACAAGAAUAAUGGAAAAGCUGAUAGGGUGCGUACGCCAAAAUUUGCAGUGUGCCAAGUGGAAUGUUUUUUCAAUAAUGACAGAUACACCUGAAGGUGUUCAUACUCUCUCAAGUUCUAUUCUUGUACUUCAGAAAGUUACCUGUUUUCCUAAUAUUGUUCAGAGAAAUGAUACAAAUUUGUUCCUUUGUAGCCAGAUUUGCGUGUAUUUUGGUAAAACAUGCAAACUUAUCUAUUUUUGGCAACCAAAUAUCAGAUCAGUGGAAUUGUGUGCAUAAUACGCCACAUUUCAAUCGGGAAGAGGAAAUCCUAGCCCCCUGUUUCAAAUUAACUCCAUUUCUCGAUUGUAAAAUCCGAUAAAAAGGAAUGUAACACAGCGCGCUUGAAUAAAUUGCUAGAAAUACUACUCAAAAUCGAAAGCUGUACACCUUGUGUUUUCUGAACAUUUACGCUAUAGACAAACAAUAGUUUCAACCAACCAUGUCAAGACAGUAACUUGUGGAUACCAAACGACUAUAUAAACUAUUUCCACUUUGUUUCACUAAAUUAUAGAUCUCACUUAGAUAUCAGACCCCAAUUCACAUAGGUAGCUUACUAUAGGUUGAGCCCCUCGAACUGUCCCCACCUUACCAAAGUUCGGUUCACGUCGGAGAUUAAACAAAAAAAAAGAAAAAGCGAAACAAUGACUUUCGCAACCCACAAUCAGGAAAAUUAACCGUUGCCGGAUUUAACACCCUAAAAUCCUAAACUGCAGUUUGGUGAAUGUUCUAAGAUCGAUUUGUAUUAACACAGUUAUAGUCAAAAGUUGCGCUUAAAUAUAUACUUCUUAUUGACUGAUCUAUAUUUUUAACUUAU